AUGGCUUGGAACGGCUUAGAUCUUCUGGCAGACGCCAUUGCUCUCAGGAUGGAAGAGGUGACACGGGAGAUUGAGACCUUGGAGGCAACGGUGCAGAGGACUCCACCAAUUCCUGCACCUAGGAUUCGUAGGCCUCCCUCAGCUGGGACGGCUUCUUCCCCGAUACCUCAGCCGAGAACGAUACCAGCACCCAGGCCUACUCCCAGGCCUAGGACGCCACGGCAGCCAAGACCAGUAUCGCCCCCUCCGAUGUCCAGUGCAGCGCCGCGGUUCAUCGCUGAGCCAAGGCCAACACUCGCAAGCACUAGCAUCCCUGCUAGUGCUACGCCACCAUUGACAUCAGGGAACAGAAGCACAUCUUCACAAAUUGUCGCAGAGCCGAGGCCAGUGCAUUCGAGUACCCCGGCUAGUGCUCAGCCGGCCUUAUCGUUGCCACGUCCAGACCACCACCAGAUCUGA